AUGUGGCGAGAACGGCGCGCAUUUGCCUAUUACUUUCAGAACGCCGCAUCAGCAGUUGGAGGUGGGCUGGAUGUUGACUUCUGGCGCACCAUUGUCCCGCAAGUAUGCCGGAGUGAACCAGCCGUAUGGGAUGCGAUCAUCUCCGUCAGUGCUCUAUUUGAGAGUCCCGAGCCGAUUUCAAAUCCAGACCGGACUCAAAAUCACCGAGACGCGCUAGGCUGGUACUCGCGCUCGGUCUCUGCUGUUCGUCAGCAAAUUGAACGCGGCAGUGUGGAUACCUUUGUUGGACUGAUUAGCUGUGGUGUACAUUUGAUUCUCGCUUUACGUGCCCAGAUAGCCAGCGGGCUGGUGACAGCGGCCAAAGCAGCCUUGCUGGAAGACACAAUUGUCCCUAUCUUUAUUCGCCUGGGUCUGAUUGGAUUCACCUUUUCUCGGCCACAGAUCGGUCUUCUCUUGCGAGGCCUCAAACGGAAACCGACACAAAAAUUCGUUUCCCUAAGGUCUGCUCGGGCGGACAUCACCCGGUUAGGCGCGGAGAUUCAAUUCUUUCAACAUGCCUGUGGCGAACAUCUCCUGAGCCCUGGUGACCCUCGUAUACCCCAGGAUCUGUUGGAUCUACAAGCCGAUCUGUCAGUUCAGUUGAGAGACUGGCAUACUGCCUUCAUAAACCUGGUGGAAUCAAUACGUGGCACCGAUGCUAUGACAUCAGAUGAUGUUGGCACUAUCGCGCUUUUCUCUGCCAUUUACGAAGCGCUCUUUAUCAUGCUAGAGGUUUCCGCAUCUUCAUCAGAAGUCAUCACCGACGCGUUUCUACCGAAGUUCCAGACAAUCGUGGAGCAGUCUCGUAUCGCCCUUGAUGCGUCAAUGCGGCCAGAUGGUACACAGCCACCAUUCACAUUUGACAUUAACCCGGCUGUUGCACUAUGGUUCACCUGUCUAAGAUGUCGAGAUCCUACAAUCCGACGCGAGGCACUGGCCCUCAUGCUCCGAUCCCCGCGAGUACAGGGUUUUUACAGCUGUAUGUCUGCCGUCACCUUCGGAGAAAGGAUCAUGCUGCUGGAAGAAAUGAAUGGGGAGGUGAUGAGCACCAAUCCAGAAACGGCGCAUUUCUCGACUACGGAAUCACUUAUUGGCUAUCAAUACAGUCCGGUCUCUAGCAGUAGCCCAGUCUCGAGCGUAUCUCCCGAGUCUACAGAGUUUGGUGCUAAUACCCCAUUAACUCAUUCGAUCCCGGAAGAAGCGCGCAUUGGACAUUUUGAUGUUUUCCAACCAGAGAGGGGGCUUCCACCUGACAUCACUGAAGAAGUCAUGGCGAAAUGGAACCUCCGUCCUGAUCGGACUUUUUUGGGAUUCUGGCGAAACGAGCGAGAUGAAAGCACGGAUACGUGGCGGAUGGUUCGUGAAUACAUUCCCAUGGAUCUUAAAUAUUGA